ACAAAAAAUAAAUAAUGGCUGCAGCAAUUGAUGGUGUUCUGCCCGCUACGUUACAAGAAUUGGUUAAGAAAUCAAAAGUAUUAGUAGUAGGUGCUGGCGGCAUUGGAUGCGAAGUGCUCAAAAAUCUUGUGCUCAGCGGCUUUACGGAUAUUGAAAUUAUCGAUUUGGAUACCAUUGACCUGAGUAAUCUGAACCGUCAAUUCCUUUUUCAUCGCGAACAUGUAGGCAAAUCGAAAGCACGGGUAGCACGUGAAAGCGCCCUUAGUUUUAAUCCUGAUGCAAAAAUCACGGCCUACCAUGACAGCGUUACGUCCACUGACUACGGCGUCAAUUUCUUUAAGAAGUUCGAUGUGGUGCUCAGUGCCUUGGACAAUCGCGCAGCGAGAAAUCACGUAAAUCGGAUGUGUCUCAAUGCAGAUGUGCCACUGAUCGAAAGUGGCACAUCCGGCUACAAUGGACAGGUCGAAUUGAUUAAACGCGGAUUAACCCAGUGCUACGAAUGCACUCCCAAGGAGAAACAACGCAGUUUUCCUGGCUGCACCAUACGAAACACGCCCUCCGAGCCUAUUCACUGCAUUGUCUGGGCCAAGCAUCUGUUCAAUCAACUUUUCGGUGAAUCUGUUGAGGAUGAAGACAUUUCGCCUGAUGCAGCUGAUCCGGAAGCACAAGAAGCCGCAGCUGAAGCUACAGAUGCAGAAGCUGCUGGUGAUGCUCCUGGCAAGGAUAAGCAAAAGGAAACAGAGGCAGCCACCGCCAAUGGCAACGUAGUUCGCAUCAAUACUCGACAAUGGGCCAAGGAUUGCAACUACGAUGCUGGCAAAUUGUUCAACAAGUUCUUCAAUGAGGACAUUAACUAUUUGUUGCGUAUGUCAAAUCUGUGGAAAUCCCGCAAGGCGCCCGUGCCAGUGCAAUGGGACACGCUAUUGCCCGACGGCACCAGCUCUGAAGGGCCCGAGCUUGCACGUCAGACGCACAAGAUUUGGUCAGUGGAGGAAUGCGCUCAUGUCUUUGCCAAUGCGCUCAAGGAGCUCAGCGCAGCUUUUCUUAAGCUGGAGGGCAACGACACAUUGGUGUGGGAUAAGGACGAUCAGCCAGCUAUGGACUUUGUCGCCGCCUGUGCCAAUGUACGUUCGCACAUCUUUGACAUUGAGCGGAAGUCCCGAUUCGAAAUUAAGUCAAUGGCUGGCAACAUUAUUCCUGCCAUUGCCACCACCAAUGCGAUAACUGCAGGCAUAUCGGUGCUCCGAGCUUUUAGCGUUCUGCAGGCCAAGUGGGAGCAGUGCAAGGCUGUCUAUGCUCGACUCCGUGUCAAUGGCCGCAAUCAAUUUCUUGUGCCGGACGCCUUUUUCCCGCCGCCAAAUCCUAGUUGUUAUGUCUGCGCCAGUGAUCCAGCCAUAACAUUACGCAUUGAUACUAAACGUGUCCAAAUUAAAGUAUUCCGCGAUGAGGUUCUCAUUAAGACUUUGAACAUGGUCAAUCCAGAUGUGACAGUGGAAUCGACUGGCUCCAUUGUCAUUUCUUCCGAGGAGGGCGAAACUGAAUGUAAUGAACAAAAGCUGCUGACUGAUAUGAACAUCGUAGAUGGCGUUAUUUUGAAAUGCGAUGACUUUUUCCAGAGCUAUGAGCUGAGUAUUAUCAUUGCGCACUUCGACGCGGAAAGGGACGAUGUCCUAUUCGAAGUAAUUGCCGACAAAAAUCAGCUCCAGCCCAAGGAGGAGAAGCCUGAGGAACCUGAAGCGGAGCCCAGCUCUCGUAAGCGUACGGCAAAUGGUAACGAUGCGACAGAUGAUGGCCCCUCAACCUCGAAACGAAGCCGACCUACGGAAGUCGAAGAUGAUGAUGAUGAUUGUCUCGUAGUUGAGGAGGAUGAUGAUGAGGCUGAGGAAGACGUUGAAGAAACAGUUGUCGCGGCAACAGAUAAACUUACAGUAGAGUGCGCACAGAAAACAGCUACAAAACGAAAGCCCUGCAAGACAUUGGAUGAUCAUGACGAGGAUAUUACCGAAAUAAUUGAUUCUUCGGAUGAGGAACUUGCCGGUCCUACUAAAUGCAAACGAUCAAAACUGGAGGAGACAAGAGCGACCGAAGUAAUUAAUAUCGACUAAUGUUACUCGUAAAGCGAUUCCAUGCAACUCUCAAAAGAAAAAAAAAAUUAAUAACUCCAACUGAAUUUAAUAAAAAAUAA